AGUUUUGACUUUUGACAUACGAGUCAACUAGAAAUAAAUAAGUUUUUGCAGAUUUAUGUAAGAAAUAGUAUAUGAAAUAAUUUUCAAAUUCAACAUCUGAACACAAAAAAUUCAGUAUGUUCAAAUUAUUGAGUCGUCAUGGUCGUCGUAGUGGUAUCAUAAACAUAUUUUGUGAAAAGAAGAUUGAGGUUAGAAAAGCAAAGGUUUAUUACGCCUAUUCCUCAGCUGGAUCUAUAAGAUUUGCCUCUACCGGUACAGAAGUUGUAAAACCUACGAAUAUUGUUGAAAAUAUACCAGAACCGCCGCCCGUGCCUGACCCUUCGACAUUUGAACAAGUAUCCGAAGCUGUUCAGACGUUGGCAGCCAAUGGAGAACCCACAUUUGCCAGUUUAGGCCUUGGCGGGUGGGGACCGGUAGGUAUUGUGCAAAAUUGUAUGGAGUAUUUACAUGUAACCCUCGAUGUUCCAUGGUGGGGAGCAAUUGUUUGUGGUACACUAGUGGUGAGAGUAUUAAUGUUUCCUCUAGUUAUUUUAUCACAAAGGAAUUCAGCAGUAAUGAAUAAUUAUCUACCAGAAAUACAAACACUUCAAUUAAAGAUGACACAAGCAAGACAGACUGGAAACCAAUUAGAGGCAGCUCGAUAUGCACAAGAGAUGAUGAGGUUUAUGAAGGAGAAAGGAUUAAAUCCUUUAAAGAAUCUUCUAGUUCCUCUAGCACAGGCACCUCUGUUUAUAUCUUUCUUUAUGGGUUUGCGAAGUAUGGCCAACUGUCCCGUCGAGAGUAUGAUGCAUGGUGGACUUUGGUGGUUUACUGACUUAACUGUACCUGAUCAAUAUUUUAUUCUGCCCCUAAUCACUAGUGCAACCAUGUGGGUAACAAUUGAAAUGGGUGUUGAUGGUGGCAGAUUAGAUGCCCAGAAUAUGCAAGUAAUGAGAUAUGUGCUCAGGGCCAUACCUGUGAUUAUGUUGCCAUUCACAAUUAACUUCCCCGGUGCCAUUCUUGUCUAUUGGUGUUCUACAAACUUCAUAUCACUAUUGCAAGUUGGUUUCCUCAAGAUGCCACGUGUAAGAGAAUACUUCAAAAUACCACCACUAAUAAAACAUUCACCAGAACAUUUACCGAUUAAGAAAAAAGGUUUUGUAGCCGGAGCCAAAGAAUCAUGGACUAAUAUUAAAUUAUCUAGAGAUUUAGCGGAUAGACAAAGGGUAGAUGAAUUGAUUUUCACAAAAGCUGGUAAAGGACCUUUGCAAAAGACAUACAAAUAUGAUCCAAAAAAAUUGACAAAUGUACAAGCAAAAUCUAAGUAGGUGAUACUGUAGUUUUAUUGAUAGUUAAUGUAUUGUAUUAUAAAUAAAAUUAUUAUAAAUUC